UGUAAAAAUAUGUAAAAAUCUCGACAGUUUCCUUGAGCUACGCCUGCAGUGAUGGCCCAGUGUGCUGUGCCCGCCACCCGCCACUGAUGAACACCUUCAGGCGCCUCUCACUCAGAUGGUCAUUGGAGAGGUGAAGGAGUGUCUACCAAUUUCCUGCAGCAAUUCUCGAGUUUGACGCCUACGCUGCCUUGACCGCCUCAGCCCCAGCAGUGACAGCUCGCCGCCAUCCCAGCGUGUGUUUACGUCGAUCCACACCCAGGAUUCUAGUAUAUUCCUUGAUCCACACCCAUCAGAGGCAGCCUGCACGUGCUCGCUACUGCCUCUUGAUUCCCCACGAUUAGAUUCAGUCAGUGGAUCGGUGCCAACUCAAAAUUAUUCAAGACAAAUGAUUUCUUAAGAUUUGCUUGGUGUAAACACGAACGUUGUUGUGGCAGCGAGAACCAAGACUGUCCCAAGUCCCGUCUCCCUCUCCUACGCUCGUGCCUGGGCAGUGGGCAGCGUCGCACUGUAGUACUAAUCUGUAGCUCAGCAGGCAGGGAUGAGUGUCUCCGCGUGCCUGGUGCCUCUGCUCACCAAGGAGGAACACCUGCUGUGGGCUGAGAGGGUCAAGCCACACCUGCCUCACUGUAUUUCGAUACACAACAACCUGUUGCAGCACGGACAUGGCCUGGUGUGUCACGACACAUUCUACGUGCUGCGGGACCAGCCACACUCAGCCACCGUGCUGUGUAGGAAGAGCCCCUAACACACAGCACAUCGGAAUAUUCUGCCUGAAGGAGGAAGUUGGCACUCUUAUAGAAGCUUUGAGGUCUUCACCCGUGAUUGACUGGGAAGACGCAAGGAAGACCCAUCUCAUCCUUCACCACGUGCCUCCCUACGCUGUCGAGCCCUUGGUGAGCCUGCUGCAGGAGAAGGGAGUGAAGGUGUGGUUAAUGCCUUGCUUCACCUUCACCUAUGACGUUCAUCUGGACUCUCACACGCUCAGGGUGCCAGCGGGGUUCCGUGUGUGCAGGCUGGGCAGAGCAGGCGUGCGUCACCUCCUGGAGAACGCCAAGUUUGGUGGAAUACCCCUGGACCUCAUGUACAGGAUGGCAGAGGGCGUGCCUUACAUAGGAGUGUACCAGGACCCAACCAGCACGCAGGACACGACGGUAGACCCAGAGAACCUUCCUGCCGCUGCUGACGACGAGGUACCAGUGGCUUGGAUUUGCUCGAGUCCCACAGGAGCCGGGGCAAAGUUGAUUACAGACGAGAGGUUCAGAAGACGUGGGUUUGGGAAGCUACUGACGACGACGCUAGCGAGGCGACAGGCUGCCCUCCUUGGUUUUAUUCCCCAUACGUUCGUUGAGGCGGACAAUUCUGUCUCAAAAAUGAUGUUUGACAAUUCACCAGGCUGGAGUAUGACGCAUGAGUGCACAUGGAUAACUAAAUGUCAGGAGUCUGUGUAGCUGGGUGUUGCAGGCUGACUUUAUAGUGAACCACAAUAUUUUCCACCAGCAGGCAACGGGGAGAGAAAAUAACGUGUGUGUGUGUGCGUGUGGGGAACAUAAUUGUUUUUUUCAGUUAUUCUUCCCUCUCUUCUUUAUAUUUUUUUUCUCCUCAUUUUCCAAGUCAGUCUUUUUAUUUAGUUAUCUCUUCUCAGCUUAUCCUUCUAUCUAUCUACUCCCCUGUAUUCUCUCUAGUUUUUCAUCCUCUUCCUUUCUCUAUUCUCUCCAUCAUUUCCCUGUUUAUUAAUGUUAAAGUUUGAUAAUAAAAGGAAAGAUAAUCA